AGUUGGUGUGUGUACAUAUGACCAAAAACGUCGUGGAGAAGGCUAAAGAAACAGUCGUGAAAAGCCAUUUGUUGUAGUAGAGAGAGAGAGAUUUGAGUUAGGCAAUACUGUCACUGAUUUAGGCAUUUGAUAUUUUGUAAACAAAAUUUUUUGGUUUAUUUUUGGGGAGUGGUGGUAAUACACACUAAUAUGCAUUUCUGUCACCUGGAGAGAUGAGAUGUCUCUAAAAAAUGGUCAAAGAGGCGAUUAAUUAGUUAAAUAGCAAAUGGAAAAAACAAUUAGGGAUGGGUUUGUUUGUUACCAAGGAAUUAACAUAACAGCUGUAAUGCUGCUGCGAGAUAAAAUGAACAAUGAAGAAGCGGAGACCUGUUGACUUCAAAUAAUUUUAAUUAGUUUCUUCUGUGCGAUAGAGAUCGAUCGAGAGAUGGGUGCUUCAUCAUCAUCAUCUGUGUCGGAGAAAUCAAUCCAUCAAUUCACCGUCAAGGAUAGCUCCGGCAAGGAGGUUGACCUAAGCGUGUAUCAAGGGAAAGUGCUGCUCGUCGUCAACGUCGCUUCUAAAUGCGGAUUCACGGAGUCCAAUUACACCCAGCUGACGGAACUUUACCGGAAAUAUAAAGAUCAAGGUUUUGUGGUAUUGGCGUUUCCUUGCAACCAGUUUCUGUCCCAAGAGCCUGGCACCAGCGAAGAGGCUCAUCAAUUUGCUUGUACUCGCUUUAAGGCUGAAUACCCUGUUUUCCAAAAGGUGCGUGUAAAUGGACAAAACGCUGCACCAGUCUACAAAUUCCUCAAAUCUAAGAAACCCUCUUUUCUUGGAAGUCGUAUCAAAUGGAACUUCACCAAGUUCUUGGUCGGCAAAGAUGGUCAAGUCAUUGAUCGUUAUGGCACAACUGUUUCACCUCUAUCCAUCCAGAAAGACAUCGAGAAAGCCCUUGCACAAGAAUUGUGAACACGCACAGAGAUAUUUGACUCCUUUGGAAGAAACUUCUCUCAUACUCUCGGUCAUGCAGUCAAGUUUCUACAUUUCCCAUUGCACCUUCCAUAUGGGCCUUGUAUUCAUCUUAUGUGUAACUCUACUAGCCAUUUCUUUUGUGAAAUUUGAUCAAAGGUGAUUCCAAUAAGUUGAUUUGAACCCAUAAAAAAAAG